CCUUCAGCUGUCAGAGUUUAUACAUUAGGAACAUGGAGAGAACUGGUUGCCAUUGAGUCCAGUACGAAACUUUCGGCAUUUCUUAUUUGUGCGACAUUUUGAUUCCCUUUCGAGACGAGAUAAAAAUUCGUUUGCUGUGCAAUCAUUGACCAAGCCGUUUGACCACAUUUGGAAAUGACACGGGGGGAUACUCGUCUUGGUUUUCAGUACGAGUAACCAAAUUUGUUGACCAGACUUGGAUUUAAUUCACAAAGGUUGGCUCAGGGAUACAGGGGCUGCAGUAAUUUUUUAAUCGUUUCUUCUACCAGAUAUUACGAUGAAUGCUGCUGAUCUUUUCCUACUCAUAUCUUACUUUUUAACAUAUGGCUGUUGGAAUGUGGAAGGAAAAACAGUCGCCAUGGAUCACAUUUUGGAAGCGAAUUUGAAAGCGAAGGAGCGUAAUGAAUACUUCGAAGGGGAUAUUAAAUUCAAUCGUUACGAACGCUACCAGAGUGACGGCUUCGAUGCUGCGGUAUCAUGUCCCACCCACAGAAUUAGAUGUAGCAGACUGUGGGAUGGGGGAGUCAUACCAUACGUCAUCUCAAGGGAUUUGAGAAGAGAAGAAAAUGCAGAGAAAAUUGUUAAAGAGGCGAUGUUAGAAUGGGAAGCGAAAACUUGUAUUAGAUUUGUCAAUCGAACGAAUGAGGAAGACUUUGUAAAAUUUGAAAAGCUGGAAGGAUGCAAUGCUGACGUUGGAAGGAAAAAAGGAAUGCAAAGCAUCUCACUCGGGGAUGGCUGUUUGCACAAGAGCGUGGUGGUGCAUGAAAUAGGGCACGUCAUCGGGUUUUGGCACGAGCAAAACAGGCCGGACAGAGACCAAUAUGUCACUGUUUAUAAAGAUAAUAUUUUGGAAGGUUACUCUGAAGCAUUCGCCAAAUUUAGCAAAUACCGAAUCGAUUCACGUGGUAUUGGCUAUGACUUCGUAUCGAUAAUGCAUUAUGGGGACAAGGCGUUUACAAAGAAUGGACGGCCUACAAUCGUAGCAAAGCAGAGUGGAAUUUACAGACUAGGAAACACGGAAUUAAGUGAACUGGACAUCAAGCAAACCAAUCUAGUGUACAAAUGUGACAAAAUUAAUCGUGGAUGGACAAGCUGGUCUCACUGGACAACUUGCAGCAAAACUUGUGGUGGCGGAAUGCAAAAGAAAACCAGAGUUUGCACAAGUUUGGUAGAUGGUGUUCCAAAAUGUCCAGGAACAAAUAUACAAAAAAGAGUGUGUAAUUCUCAAAAAUGUCCUGAGUGGCCUGCUUUUCCGCGAAAUUUUAGCUUCCGUGAUCAUGCAGUGAACGUCGAGAACAUGAAAUGUGUCCUCAUAUACGAGCGGGCAGAUUACGACGAAUGGAGCCAUUACUUCUUUUGUAGCGAAGGACAGAGAGACACCGAAAUGCGGUGGUCUGAUGGUGGGCAGAUACUCGGCGGUUGGAAAUGCACCAAUAUCUUUGAACCGCGAGAACCACCAACGAAAAGUUGGUUUGAUAACUAUCUUUGCGUUCCCAAGAAUGCUCCAUACAAUUUCACGUGGUCCCAUAACGGCCCGAUACCGGGAUUAGGAUGUAUCCAGUGGUAUGCAAAACAAGGAAGGGACGGAUGGGAUGACAAUUAUCUUUGUGCAGAUGUCGUUGGACAGAAAUCCAAAGAUGCCCGUCCAGAGCCAAUUGAUGGCAACUGGAGUGACUGGGGGCCAUGGUCUCUUUGUUCGAAGGAAUGCAAUGGUGGCAGAAGACGUCGCUAUCGGCAAUGCAACAACCCAGCUCCGAGGUUUGGAGGAAAGAUCUGCAAGGGCAAAUAUUUUAUCGAGUCGAUAUGUAAUCUACAGCCAUGCGAGAAAUGUGGUGGCUUUCUCAAAGGAUCAAAGGGAGAAUUCACGUCACCAAACUACCCACGUGACUACCCGAACUUGCAAAAUUGCACCUGGAUAAUCAAAGGCGACCCUGGCAAAAGAAUCAUAUUACAUUUCGAGUCUUUCAGAUUUGAAGGUUCAUUUGCAGAUCACGUGCGCUGCCAGUUCGAUUUCCUGACAAUACGACAGGAUGGACCACGUGGGAAGAACCUGGGCAAAUAUUGCGGUAGCAAGAAGCCAUCGCCAAUCGCAUCAGACUCAAACAUUUUGUGGAUCAAUAUGAUCACAGAUAAGAUUGACACAUUCGCAGGUUUUAGGGCAGGUUGGGAGACGAUUGACAGUGCACCAGAAGGUUGCGGUGGCACAAUCCGUGGCACUUACGGUGAGAUCACAUCACCAGGGUUUCCUGGCAAGUAUCCACACAAGAAAACUUGUAUUUGGAAGAUUGAGGUACCAGAUGACAAAGCGGUAUCUUUUAAGUUCUCUCUUUUUGACGUUGAGCCCCAUGUCUUCUGCAAAUACGAUUAUUUGGAGCUGAGAGAUGGCUGGAAUGAAAGAUCGCCACAACUUGGCCGAUACUGCACAACAAGGCCCCCAUAUGGUUUAAAAUCAACACAAAAUAAGGUGAAGAUCAAAUUUGUUACGGACGAAACAACAGCUAAGACAGGUUUCAAGCUCACUUGGCAAGCAGCAGAUAAAAAGCACACGAAGAUUGCUUCUCCUCGCUGCCCAGUUGGUUGGAAGCUCUUCCCAGACACCCUUGACGGCCCGGCCUGUUAUGUUGUGAAGAACAAUUAUUUCAGCUGGUAUGGUGCUCGGGAUGAUUGUUUGUCGAACUCGGCUGAUCUCGUCAGCAUAACCUCUCGCGCUGAACAGGAAUUUGUUACUAAAGAAUUACUAAAAGGAAAAUUUAUGUGGCUUGGCUUCACUGACAAAGAUGACGAAGGGCGAUGGGCUUGGAGUGACAAUACGACACGUCAGACAUUCACGAACUGGGAUGGCGGCGAUCCAAAUGACGGGGGGUGGCUGCAUAAUGAGGAUUGUGCUCUGAUGAAACCAGACGGGAAGUGGAACGACUACCCUUGUAGCGAUCAAUACAAAUAUAUCUGUAAAAGAAAGCCAUUCAAAUAGAUGAUGUUUGCAGAAAUGAAUGAGCCGCUCUGGUAGCAUUUGAAAGAUUUGCUCUGGUUAGAUUUCGUGUUUCCAUUCCAUAUGUAAACGCUGAAGAGAACAUUCUUAUUAAGCAUAGAGAUGGUGAUAGCUCUGUUGGACCAAAUCGGGAACAAUUAUAGAAGAAACGGAUGUAAUCGUGUUUCUCAUAUAUUAAAUACGGGCUUAAUAAUGACAGUCUCUUCCUAGUAUUAUGGUAUUUCUUCACCUACAAAAGCUACCGUCAGACGAAUACAUUUGAAGCCAACGUUUUCCAUCAUGAUCCAACAUAAUAAUAAUGAUCAAUAUCAUAAUCGUAAUAAUAAUAAUAAUAAUAAUCAUGACCACGAAAUCAAAUAUACGUAGCGGCCUUGGAGUUUAUGGUGAAUGGAACUGUGUCGGUUCAAAUGUAUACGUUCACGCCAAGUUAAUGUCUGCAUGAAAUAUGUCAAUCUGCAAAGAGCUUAUCGUCGGAAAAGCUCACUUGGAAAGUCUGUUGCAUUCAUUUACGAAGGGAUAUCGUCGUUAUUUAAGUUUAUUACAAUGUUCUUAAAGACUUUUCUGAUCAGUUUUUGGUAUGACGGAUUCCUCGUGUACGAUUGUCGCUAUCUGUCUCGUGUGUAUAUAAUUAAUCAGUUCUUCAAUUUGAAUCUCUUUACUCAUUACAUUUUCACAGCCACUUUACACAGCUAUUCUUCUCUGUCCCAUGUUGUUAUUUGCCCUCUGUUUUACUUUUUCAAUAUCGUAGCUAUCGUAAUUUUAAACCUUUUUUCUUAUAUUUUUGAUUUAGCAUUUAUGCGUCAUGUAUUUUAUUGCAAUAGCGAGAUUAGCAUGCGGCCGCCCCAGCCAUUUCGUCACUAUUUAGUACCAAAAGAACCCCCCUCCCCCCAAAUUGCCGUUAUCCAGUAACCACAUGUCUCCAGUGUCCCACUGCUCCUCUACAGCGGCUCUUCACGAAAGGGAGAUUUUCUUGCGCAUGCAACUGCUUCGUAUCGUGUCAGCUCUUAAAGAGAUUUGCAGAGCUUUAUUUUUGUUUGCCCAAUUUUAUCAUAAGAAGCUCAAGGGGUAUACAACUUGAAAUCGUUGGUUAGAGUUAGGAGUAUAUAUUAAAUGUAUGCAAAAGUUGCCAUGUAGAUUUAAGACACAUGUAUAUUAUUAUUGAAACAAUUAUUAUAACGGUA